AUGGAGCUCCCCCCCCCGGUCCGCGACGUCCUCGACGCCGUCGCGGGCGCGCUCCCCGGCGCGGCCACCGCGUCGAACGUCGUGGACUCCGCCGUGAGCUCGAUCGUUCGGAUCGGGUCCACUCGAGUCGCGGUGGCGACGGAGGUUGCCAGCGCGCAGAUCGCGGUCGCGCGAUCGCGCCUCGACGCGGUGGAGACCGCCGCGAGAGAAAUCGAGUCCAGGUUCUUCGAGCGCCCCACCGCGAUCGCGACGAGCGCGGUGACGCGCGCGCCGUACGCGACCGCGGCAGGCGCGGUCGCGGUCGCGUCGCUGGCGCUUCCGGGGACGCGCGCGCUGCUGUGGCGCGCGACGUUCGGGCGACUGCAGAGCGAAGAGUUCCUCUUCAACCGAGCGACGCGCGCGUACGAGUCGCUCGCGCACGCCGCGGAGGGGAGAGCGGGGGAGCUGGCGAAGGCGAGAGAGGCGGCGGCGAUCGCGGAGGAGGAGAUGAGCCGCGGCAGGAGCAAGCUGCGAGCGGCGGCGAAAGAGCUGAAACGAUUGGGCGCGGCGAACGCGAGGGACGAGAGCAAGGCGAACCUCGUCCUCGACGAGCUCCGGUCGCUGCCGUCGAAGCACGCGCUGUCGCUGCGCGCGAAGGUGGCGGACGCGUCGGCGGAGCUGAGGAAGAUUCGCGGCGGCGUCGACGACGGGUUGCGCAAGGCGUUCCGAGCGGGCGUGGAGAUUUGA